AUGAUUAUUUACAAAGAUAUUUUCUCUAACGACGAAUUGUUGUCUGAUGCUUACGACAUCAAGGAAGUCGAUGGUGUCAUUUACGAAGCUGAUUGUGCUAUGAUCAAGGUCGGUGGUGACAACAUUGAUAUCGGUGCUAACCCAUCUGCCGAAGAUGGUGAUGAUGACGUUGAAGAUGGUGCUGAAGUCGUCAACAACGUUGUCAACUCUUUCCGUUUACAACCAACUGGUUUCGAUAAGAAAUCUUUCUUAACUUACAUCAAGGGUUACAUGAAGGCUGUUAAGGCUAAAUUACAAGAAUCUAAUCCUGAUGCAGUUUCCACUUUUGAAAAAGGUGCUCAAACUUACGUUAAGAAGGUCAUUGGUUCUUUCAAGGAUUGGGAAUUCUUCACUGGUGAAUCUAUGGAUCCAGAUGCUAUGAUUGUUAUGUUGAAUUACCGUGAAGAUGGUACAACUCCAUUCGUCGCCAUCUGGAAACAUGGUAUCACUGAAGAAAAGAUUUAA